ACGGACAGUCAAGUGCCGACAACCCUUCAAGGCCUCAGGCUGGACGCAAGUUGCGGCGACCACGUGGUCUCCUCUUUUGGCUUCAAAUCCAAAGGCAGCCUUGGCCUUGAAGUAGAGUGCGCCGCGGCCAGCACUUACGGAGAGGCGGAGAAAGACGACAGCAUGCUGCCUGGAUGGACUCAAGUCAUCAACAGGGACACGGGAAACUGCUACGAUACCAGCCACAAAAGUCGUCCAUGCGAUGGCUCUACCGGCCAGAAGUUCGAGAUAAGCAAAACCUCCACACAUCGAUUUUCGAUGAAGUUUAA